GGACGCAGGGCCGCGGGGGCUGCCGGGACGGGUCCAAGAUGGCCGGGCGCCUCGGUUCCGCUCCUGCCAGCGGCCGCGAACUCCAUUCAUUGCCGCGCUGCUGAGCGGCGCCGCCAGCCGGCCCGAGGGCUCCGGUCGCUGUCCCUGCGGGGUGGGAGAUCGCCAUGGCGACCCUGGAGAAGCUGAUGAAGGCCUUCGAGUCCCUCAAGUCCUUCCAGCAGCAGCAGCAACAGCAGCAGCAGCCGCCGCCGCCUCCGCCGCCGCCACAGGCUCAGCCGCCCCCGCCGCAGCCGCAGCCGCAGCCGCCGCCCCCGCCGCCGCCCGGCCCGGCCGUGGCCGAGGAGCCGCUGCACCGUCCAAAGAAGGAGCUCUCAGCCACCAAGAAGGACCGCGUGAACCAUUGUCUGACCAUCUGUGAGAGCAUCGUGGGCCAGUCGCUCAGAAAUUCUCCCGAGUUUCAGAAACUGCUGGGCAUCGCCAUGGAGCUGUUCCUGCUGUGCAGCGACGAUGCGGAGUCGGACGUGAGGAUGGUGGCUGACGAGUGCCUCAACAAGGUCAUCAAGGCGCUGAUGGAUUCUAACCUCCCGAGGCUGCAGCUCGAGCUCUACAAGGAAAUCAAGAAGAACGGCGCUCCCCGGAGCCUGCGUGCUGCCCUGUGGAGGUUCGCCGAGCUGGCGCACCUGGUCCGGCCCCAGAAAUGCAGGCCUUACUUGGUGAACCUCCUGCCUUGCCUGACGCGAACAAGCAAGAGACCUGAGGAGUCUGUUCAGGAGACCUUGGCUGCAGCUAUACCCAAAAUUAUGGCUUCGCUCGGCAAUUUUGCAAAUGACAAUGAGAUUAAGGUUUUGCUGAAGGCUUUCAUCACGAACCUGAAGUCCAGCUCCCCGACCACGCGGCGGACGGCGGCGGCCUGCGUGGUGAGCAUCUGCCAGCACUCCCGGAGGACGCAGUACUUCUACAGCUGGCUGCUCAGCGUGCUCCUAGGGCUGCUGGUUCCCGUGGAGGGUGAGCACCCGUCGCUGCUGGUCCUGGGAGCGCUGCUCACACUGAGGUACUUGGUGCCCUUGCUGCAGCAGCAGGUCCAGGACACCAGCCUGAAAGGCAGCUUUGGGGUGACACGAAAGGAAAUGGACGUCUCCCCCUCGACAGAGCAGCUGGUGCAGGUUUACGAGCUGACCUUGCAUUACGCCCAGCACCCGGACCACAACGUGGUGACCGGGGCGCUGGAGCUCCUGCAGCAGCUGCUCCGGACCCCGCCCCCCGAGCUGCUGCGCGCCCUGACCACGCCGGGCGGCCUGGCGCAGCUCAGCGCGCCCCGCCGGGAGCCCGGCAGCCGCAGCCGCAGCGGGAGCAUCGUGGAGCUGAUAGCCGGAGGGGGUUCUUCAUGCAGCCCUGUCCUUUCCAGAAAACAAAAAGGGAAGGUGCUCCUGGGGGAAGCGGCGGCCUUGGAGGAGGACUCCGAGUCCCGGUCGGAGGGCAGCAGCCCGGCCUUCGCAGCCUCAGUCAAGGGCGAGAUCUGUGGGGAGCUGGCUGCCUCUUCCGGGGUCUCCACUCCGGGCUCUGUCAGCUCCGCGGCUGACUCCACGGGUCAUGACAUCAUCACCGAGCAGCCCCGGUCGCAGCACACGCUACAGCCGGACUCGGUGGAUCUGACCGGCUGCGACUUGGCGAGUGCGGCCACUGACGGGGACGAGGAGGACAUCUUAAGCCACAGCUCCAGCCAGAUCAGCACGGUCCCGUCCGACCCAGCCAUGGACCUGAACGAUGGGACCCAGGCCUCCUCCCCGCUCAGUGACAGCUCUCAGACCACCACCGAGGGGCCCGACUCAGCCGUGACCCCUUCAGACAGCUCCGAAAUCGUGUUAGACGGUGCCGACAGCCAGGACCCGGGGAUGCAGCUCCCACCGCCGGAGGAGGAGGAGGAAGAGGAGACGGAGGAGGAGGAGCCCACGGGCCUUCCCGAGGACGCCGUCGCCUUUGCAGCUGCAUCCGCAGCCCUUCAGCAAGCACAUUUACUGAAAAGCAUGGGCCACAGCAGGCAGCCCUCGGACAGCAGUGUGGACAGGGGUGUGUCCAGAGAGGACGCCGCCGACCCAGGGGAUCAGGACAACAAGCCCUGCCGCAUCAGAGGGGACAUCGGGCAGCCUGACGACGACGACUCUGCGCCCCUCACCCAUUGUGUCCGCCUCUUGUCUGCUUCGUUUCUGCUCACGGGGGAGAGAAACGCCUUGGUUCCCGACAGGGAUGUGCGUGUCAGCGUGAAGGCGCUGGCGCUCAGCUGUGUCGGCGCCGCGGUGGCCCUGUGCCCGGAGUCCUUCUUCAGCAAGCUGUACACAGCCCCCCUGGACGCCGCCGAGUGUCCGGAGGAACAGUAUGUCUCAGACGUCCUCAGCUACAUCGAUCACGGAGAUCCGCAGGUCCGCGGAGCCACGGCCAUCCUCUGUGGGACUCUCAUCUGCUCCAUCCUCAGCAGGUCCCGCUUCCAGCACUGUGUCAUGAGCCUCUGUAGCAGCAGCUACAGCGACCUGGGGCUGCAGCUGAUCACCGACGUGCUGAGCCUGAGGAGCAGCUCCUACUGGCUGGUGAGGACGGAGCUGCUGGAGACACUCGCAGAGACGGACUUCAGGUUGGUGAGCUUUUUGGAAGCAAAAGCAGAACACCUGCACAGAGGGGCGCACCAUUACACAGGGCUUUUGAAGCUGCAAGAGCGGGUGCUCCACAGCGUGGUCCUCCACUUGCUGGGGGAUGAAGACCCCAGAGUGCGACACGUUGCCGCUGCGUCGUUAGUGAGGCUUGUCCCCAAGCUGUUCUAUAAGUGCGACCAAGGGCAGGCGGACCCCGUCGUGGCCAUGGCCAGAGACCAGAGCAGUGUUUACCUGAAGCUUCUCAUGCACGAGGCGCAGCCCGCCUCCCACUUCUCCGUCAGCACCAUAACCAGAAUAUAUAGAGGCUAUAACUUACUGCCAAGCAUCACAGAUGUCACCAUGGAAAACAACCUGUCUAGAGUCACCGCGGCGGUGACCCACCAGCUGGUCACUGCCACCACGCGCGCGCUCACGUUCGGAUGCUGUGAAGCUCUGUGUCUCCUCUCAACCGCCUUCCCGGUCUGCACUUGGAGUCUAGGCUGGCACUGUGGAGUGCCCCCUCUGAGCGCCUUGGACGAGUCCAGGAAGAGCUGUACUGUCGGGAUGGCCACGGUGAUCCUGACCCUGCUCUCGUCCGCGUGGUUCCCAUUGGACCUUGCAGCCCAUCAGGAUGCCUUGAUCUUGGCCGGAAACUUGCUUGCAGCCAGUGCCCCCCGAUCUCUGAGAAGCUCAUGGGCCGCCGAGGAAGAGGCCACCCCGGCAGCCGCCAAGCAGGAGGAGGCGUGGCCAGCGCUGGGGGACCGGAGCCUGGUGCCCAUGGUGGAGCAGCUCUUCUCCCACCUGCUGAAGGUGAUCAACAUCUGCGCCCACGUGCUGGACGAGGUGGCGCCUGGACCUGCGGGGAAGGCAGCCUUGCCGUCCCUGACAAGCGCCCCUGCUCUCAGCCCCAUUCGGCGGAAGGGCAAGGAGAAGGAGCCGAGUGAGCAGGCGUCCGUGCCGCUGAGCCCCAAGAAAAGCAGCGACGCCAGCCCUGCCUCUCGACAGUCAGAUGCCACAGGGCCCGUCACAGCCAAUAAACCCUCGUCGCUGGGGAGCUUCUACCACCUUCCUUCCUACCUCAGGCUGCACGACGUCCUGAAGGCCACACAUGCCAACUACAAGGUCACCCUGGACCUUCAGAACAGCACAGAGAAGUUCGGGGGCUUUCUGCGCUCGGCCUUGGACGUGCUCUCUCAGAUCCUAGAGCUGGCCACGCUGCAGGACAUCGGGAAGUGCGUGGAGGAGGUCCUGGGCUACCUGAGGUCCUGCUUCAGCCGGGAGCCCACGAUGGCCACGGUCUGCGUCCAGCAGCUGCUCAAGACUCUCUUUGGGACAAACCUGGCCUCCCAGUUUGAUGGCUUGUCGUCCAACCCCAGCAAGUGCCAGGGCCGAGCCCAGCGCCUCGGCUCGUCCAGCCUGCGGCCCGGCCUGUACCACUACUGCUUCAUGGCUCCCUACACCCACUUCACCCAGGCCCUGGCGGACGCCAGCCUGCGCAACAUGGUGCAGGCCGAGCCGGACCACGACGCCUCCGGGUGGUUCGACGUGCUGCAGAAGGUGUCCACCCAGUUGAAGACAAACCUCUCGAGCAUCACAAAGACCCGUGCAGACAAGAACGCCAUUCACAGUCACAUCCGGCUGUUUGAGCCGCUGGUCAUAAAGGCGCUGAAGCAGUACACGACCACCACGUCCGUGCAGCUGCAGAGGCAGGUCCUGGACUUGCUGGCGCAGCUGGUCCAGCUGCGGGUCAACUACUGUCUCCUGGACUCAGACCAGGUGUUCAUCGGCUUCGUGCUGAAGCAGUUUGAGUACAUUGAAGUGGGCCAGUUCAGGGACUCAGAGGCAAUCAUUCCAAACAUCUUUUUCUUCCUGGUCCUUCUGUCUUACGAGCGCUAUCAUUCAAAGCAGAUCAUUGGGAUUCCUAAGAUCAUUCAGCUCUGCGACGGCAUCAUGGCGAGCGGGAGGAAGGCCGUGACCCACGCCAUCCCGGCUCUGCAGCCCAUCGUCCACGACCUCUUCGUUUUAAGAGGGACCAAUAAAGCUGACGCGGGGAAGGAGCUGGAAACCCAGAAGGAGGUGGUGGUGUCCAUGCUCCUCAGACUGAUCCAGUACCAUCAGGUGCUGGAGAUGCUGAUCCUGGUCCUGCAGCAGUGCCACAAGGAGAGCGAGGACCGGUGGAAGCGGCUGUCGCGGCAGGUGGCUGACAUCCUCCUCCCGAUGCUCGCCAAGCAGCAGAUGCACAUCGAUUCUCACGAAGCCCUCGGCGUGUUAAACACAUUGUUUGAGAUCCUGGCCCCGUCCUCCCUGCGGCCCGUGGACAUGCUUUUGCGGAGCAUGUUCGUCACCCCAGACACCAUGGCGUCGGUGAGCACUGUCCAGCUCUGGGUCUCAGGGAUCCUGGCCAUUUUGAGGGUCCUCAUCUCCCAGUCCACCGAAGACAUCGUCCUCUCCCGCAUCCAGGAGCUGGCCUUCUCCCCGCACCUGCUCUCCUGUCCCGUCAUCGACAGGCUAAGGGACGGGGACAGGGACUCAGCACCUGAUGGACACAGUGCGGGCAGACAGGUGAAGACUUUGCCGGAAGAGACGUUCUCUAGGUUCCUCCUGCAGCUGGUGGGCAUCCUCUUAGAGGACAUCGUCACGAAGCAGCUCAGAGUGGACAUGAGCGAGCAGCAGCACACUUUCUACUGCCAGGAACUGGGCACGCUCCUCAUGUGUCUGAUCCACAUCUUCAAGUCUGGAAUGUUCCGGAGAAUCACAGCAGCCGCCUCCAGGCUCUUCACGGCUGACGGCACGGACGGCAGCUUCUACGGCCUGGAGAGCUUGAACGCGCAGGUGCGCUCCAUGGUCCCCACACACCCGGCCCUCGUGCUGCUCUGGUGCCAGAUCCUGCUGCUCGUCAGCCACACGGACUACGGCUGGUGGGCCGAGGUGCAACAGACCCCCAGACGACGCAGUCUGUCCAGCACGAAGUCACUGAGUCCCCAGAUGUCUGGAGAGGAGGACACCGAGCUGGCAUCCAAACUUGGGAUGUGCAACAGAGAAAUUGUCCGGCGAGGCGCGCUCAUCCUCUUCUGUGAUUACGUGUGUCAGAACCUGCACGACUCCGAGCACCUGACCUGGCUCGUCGUGAACCACAUCCAGGACCUGGUCAGCCUGUCGCACGAGCCGCCCGUGCAGGACUUCGUCAGCGCCGUGCACCGCAACUCCGCCGCCAGCGGCCUCUUCCUCCAGGCCAUCCAGUCCCGCUGCGAGAGCCUCUCGGCCCCCACCACGCUGAGGAAAACCCUGCAGUGCCUGGAAGGCAUCCACCUGAGCCAGUCGGGCGCCGUGCUGACGCUGUACGCGGACAAGCUGCUGUGCACCCCGUUCCGCGCGCUGGCUCGCAUGGUCGACACCCUUGCGUGUCGCCGGGUAGAAAUGCUUUUGGCUGCAAAUUUACAGAGCAGCGUGGCCCAGCUGCCCGUGGAAGAACUGAACCGGAUCCAGGAGCACCUUCAGAGCCGCGGGCUCGCGCACAGGCACCAAAGGCUCUACUCCCUGCUGGACAGGCUCCGCCUCGCCACCGCCCCGGGGUCCCGCGGCCCCUGUCCUCCGGCCACGUCCCACCCGCUGGAUGGGGAGGGGUCCCUGGCGCUGGAGACUGUGAGCCCAGACAAGGACUGGUAUGUGCGCCUGGUCAAGUCCCAGUGCUGGACGAGGUCUGACUCGGCGCUGCUGGAGGGGGCGGAGCUGGUGAAUCGGCUCCCACCAGGUGACAUGAGCGCGUUCCUGAGGCACCCGGAGUUCAACGUCAGCCUGUUAGCCCCGUGCCUGGGCGUGGGCGCGCGGGAAGUUUCCGGAGGCCAGAAGAGCGCCCUCUUUGAAGCAGCGCGUGAGGCGACUCUGGACCGGGUGGCCAGCGCGGUCCAGCCGCUGCCCGCCGCCCACCAGGCGUUCCCGCCCUCCCUGCCUGCAGAGUCCACCGCCUACUGGAGCCAGUUGAACGAUCUGUUUGGGGAUGCCGGGGUGUACCGCUCCCUGACCACGCUGGCCCGCGCCCUGGCCCAGUACCUGCUGCUGCUCCCCAAGCUGCCCGGCCACCUGCACCUUCCCCCGGAGAAGGAGAGGGACACUGUGAAGUUUGUGGUCAUGACCCUGGAGGCACUGGCCUGGCACUUGAUCCACGAGCAGAUCCCGCUGAGUAUGGACCUGCAGGCGGGCCUGGACUGCUGCUGCCUGGCCCUGCAGCUGCCCGGCCUGCGGCGCCUGCUGGCCUCCCCCGAGAUGGUGACCCACACCUGCUCCCUCAUCCACUGCGUCCGCCUCCUCCUGGAAGCCAUUGUGGUGCAGCCCGGCGACCAGCUGCUCAGUCUAGAGAGAAAGACAGACACCCCUAAGGCUGCCAGAGUGGACGGAGGAGACUCACGCACACAGAGCCCCGAGCACGUGACUGCAGCCUGCAGGACAGUGGCAGAGCUGGUGGAGGCCUUGCCGUCCGUGCUGGCCUUGGGACAUAAGAGGAACAGCCACAUGCCCGCGUUCCUCACAUCCGUGCUCAGGAACAUCGUGGUCAGCCUGGCCCGCUUGCCCCUCGUCAACAGCUACACGCGCAUCCCCCCCCUGGUCUGGAAGCUCGGGUGGUCACCAACGCCGGGAGGGGAUUUCGGCACAGCCUUCCCCGAGAUCCCCGUGGAGUUCCUCCAGGAGAAGGAAGUCUUCAAAGAGUUCAUCUACCGCAUCAACACACUGGGGUGGACCAGCCGCACUCAGUUCGAGGAAACAUGGGCCACCCUCCUGGGUGUCCUGGUGACCCAGCCCCUCGUGCUGGAGCAGGAGGAGAGCCCGCCGGAGGAAGACACGGAGAGGACCCAGAUCAACGUCCUGGCUGUGCAGGCCAUCACCUCCCUGGUGCUGAGCGCGAUGGCCGUGCCCGUGGCCGGCAACCCCGCCCUCAGCUGCUUGGAGCAGCAGCCCCGGAACAAGCCCCUGAAAGCACUCGACACCAGGUUUGGGCGGAAGCUGAGUGUGAUCCGAGGAAUUGUAGAGCAGGAAAUCCAAGCAAUGGUGUCGAAGAGGGAGAACAUCGCCACCCAUCACCUCUACCAGGCGUGGGACCCCGUCCCCUCUCUGUCUCCAGCCGCCACAGGUGCCCUCAUCAGCCACGAAAAGCUGCUGCUGCAGACCAACCCCGAGCGGGAGCUGGGCAGCAUGAGCUACCAGCUCGGCCAGGUGUCCAUCCACUCAGUGUGGCUGGGGAGCAGCAUCACGCCCCUGAGGGAGGAGGAGUGGGACGAGGAGGAGGAAGAGGAGGCCGACGUCCCCGCACCCCCGUCGCCACCCACGUCUCCAGUCAGCUCCAGGAAGCACCGGGCUGGGGUGGACAUCCACUCGUGCUCGCAGUUCUUGCUGGAGCUGUACAGCCGCUGGGUCCUGCCGUCCAGCUCCGGCCGAAGGACCCCCAUCAUCCUGAUCAGCGAAGUGGUGCGAUCUCUCCUCGUGGUCUCGGACCUGUUCACGGAGCGCAGCCAGUUUGAGAUGAUGUACCAGACGCUGACCGAGCUGCGCAGGGUGCACCCUCCAGAGGACGAGAUCCUCCUGCAGUACCUGGUGCCGGCCACCUGCAAGGCGGCGGCCGUCCUCGGCAUGGACAAGGCCGUGGCGGAGCCGGUCGGCCGGCUGUUGGAGAGCACGCUCAGGAGCAGCCACCUGCCCAGCAGGAUCGGGGCCCUGCACGGCGCCCUCUACGUGCUGGAGUGCGACCUGCUGGACGACACGGCGAAGCAGCUCAUCCCCGUCAUCAGCGACUACCUCCUUUCCAACCUCCGCAGCAGCGCCCACUGCGUGAACCUGCACAGCCAGCAGCACGUGCUGGUGAUGUGUGCCACCGCCUUCUACCUGAUGGAGAAUUACCCUCUGGACGUGGGGCCGGACUUCUCCGCAUCCAUCAUACAGAUGUGUGGGGUGAUGCUGUCGGGAAGCGAGGAGGCCACGCCGUCCACCGUCUACCACUGCGUCCUGCGGGGCCUGGAGCGCCUCCUGCUGUCCGAGCAGCUGUCCCGGCUGGAUGCCGAGUCCCUGGUCAAGCUCAGCGUGGACAGGGUGAACGUGCACAGCCCGCAUCGGGCCAUGGCCGCCCUGGGCCUGAUGCUCACCUGCAUGUACACAGGGAAGGAAAAAGCCAGUCCCGGCAGAGCCUCCGAGCCCGGCCCUGCCACGCCCGACAGCGAGUCCGUGAUCGUGGCCAUGGAGCGCGUGUCUGUUCUUUUCGACAGGAUCAGGAAGGGGUUUCCCUGUGAAGCCCGCGUUGUGGCGAGGAUCCUCCCUCAGUUUUUAGAUGACUUCUUUCCUCCGCAAGACGUCAUGAACAAAGUCAUCGGGGAGUUCCUAUCCAACCAGCAGCCCUACCCACAGUUCAUGGCCACCGUGGUGUACAAGGUUUUCCAGACGCUGCACAGCACGGGGCAGUCGUCCAUGGUCCGGGACUGGGUCAUGCUGUCCCUCUCCAACUUCACGCAGAGGACCCCGGUGGCCAUGGCCGUGUGGAGCCUGUCCUGCUUCUUCGUCAGCGCGUCCACCAGCCCGUGGGUCUCAGCCAUCCUGCCCCACGUCGUCAGCAGGAUGGGCAAGCUGGAGCACGUGGACGUCAACCUCUUCUGCCUGGUGGCCACGGACUUUUACAGACACCAGGUAGAGGAGGAGCUGGACCGCCGGGCCUUCCAGUCUGUGUUUGAGGUGGUGGCGGCGCCAGGAAACCCGUACCAGCGGCUGCUGGCAUGUUUGCGGAACGUUCACAAGGUCGCCACGUGCUGAGCACUGCGGGGGCACCACGGCGGCGGGUUCGGCGGGGUCUGCCCAGCAGGCACCCUGCAGUGGGGCCACCGCAGGGGGUGCUGCGGCCGAUGUGGGGCUGAGCCUGCGCCCUGGCGGAGAGCAGGCGUGGCUGCGUGGCUGCGUGGCUGGCCCUGCCGUGGAGCUGAUUAAUGCCGGUUCACGAUGUGCACCUUCCUCCCCGACGUCAUCACAGUCCGGGCGGCCAGGCUGCCGCUGCUCUCACGUCUGACGUCCAGCCAGGCGGCACCAGGAGCCAGGGGCCUGGGCUGUGUCCUGCUCCCGGCAGGCGUGUGCGGUGGGUGGCGGAGCACGCGGGCCGGCGCCACGCUUCCCUUUCUCUGUUUUCUUCUCAGGACUUAAAGUUUAAUUCUAUCAGUAAAGAGAUUAAUUUUAA